GCCUGCCUGGGUGACUCUUUUAGUUGAGCCGCUCCACAAUGAGAAAGCCCCGUCAGUUCCCAGAAUAGAAAAUCCCAUUUCGGUGCGGAACUUGAACGGGACUUUCACUGCUGCUGCUGCUGCUGUGUGAACUGCAGCACAGGAGUCGGCGGUGAGCUUUGUUUGGACUGAUAUAGUACCUUUUACUUUAUUUUUGUUCAUGACAUUUGUAUCUGUCGCCUCCCGCCUCCCGCCUCCUCUUCCUCCUCCUCCUCCUCCUCCUCCGCGUGCUUCCAGUCCAGCCUCACCUGUUGACGCCGACAGCAGCUCACACCGGACCUGUCAUGUCUCGCGGGAGGGAUUGAAUCAAACCAGGUGGACAAGGUGACAAUAAAGAAAAACACCAGCAGAAAAGUGGAGUUAAGGUGGUUGUGAGACUUUGAGAGAGACAAAAAAAACAAACAAAAAACAAACAGCUGGUGAGCUCGAAGAAACUUAAAGUGAAAGAAAAAAAACGUGACGUGAGGAUUUUGUUCCUGUUUGGCUCCAAACCGGCGUCGUCAGCAUGUUGUGAAGGUUGGAGCUCCGACAAGUGUCUUCGUCCAGGACUGGAGCUCGUCCGUCCAGAAAUGCCCCAACACAACAUGGAGAGCACCAGGAGCCAGUGGCAGCAAGGGAUGCGGCCGCCGUGGAUCAGCAGAGUGGCCGGAGGGCAAAGUCCCGCCUCCUCAGGGGCGGAGUCGGAUACGGAGAGCAGCAGCACGGAAAGCGAGAAGUCCUGCAUUAAAAAGCUGGAAUCGGGCUCACUGAGGGUUGUGCCGUCAGUCUCAAUGCUCCAACGGCGAAUCACAGAUAUCGACCAAAAGAAGGAGGAACUGAAGAUAGAGCUGCAGCUGGAGAUCGCCCUGCUGCAGGGUGAGCUGCAGACGGAGAAGAAGCAGCUGCACAGACACACACAGAGGCUGCAGGCUCUACAGCUGGAGAGCAGACGGACGGAGCGGCGCACACACACCGACAGAGGAAAGGAGCGAGAGCGUCUGGAGGAGGAGAGACGCAGGGUUGAGGCGCUGAAGACGAGGUGUGAGGAGAAGGAGAAACUGAUCCCCGGUCAGCCAGAGAGCCAGAGAGAACAGCUAAAACUGCAGCUGCAGCAGGAGAAGGAGGCGAUGGAAGCGGCAGUUCGGGCCUUCGAGGACUGGGAGUUCAGUGUUCUGGAGAAGGAGGCCGGCAUCGACGAGGAGGAGGACGAGAGCACGGCGGACAAAGAGAUGGAGGGAGGGAGCGAAGGGGAGGUGGAGAAGGAAAUCUCAUGUCAGCAGCACAUGGUCAACACUGCGCAGGAGCGAGUGCAGCAGUUGGAGAGACAGCUGAAGGAGAUGGAGAGGGAGAAGGAGAGGGAGCUGAACGCCCUGAGGAAAGAGAAGAGAGACCUGGUCCACACGACUCAAACGGUUCUCAAAGAGAAGAAGCCGCUCACGGAUUGGUCGAACAUCACCAGCUCAGCCCCCUGCAUGAUGUCGCUCUCCCCUCUGACCGUACACAAGCCUCCUCAGGAGCCGUGCUCCGAGUCCGUCAGUUUGCCCCGACGACGGAGCUCGCAUCGCAAACUCAGCGACCGGCCGCUCUCGGCGCAGGGGUUGGUGAGGACGCUUCCAGACAGCCAGUCCCCAGGGGCGUUCACGUCCCCGCUGCCCUCCCAUAGGCUCAGCAACGGCCACAGCAGCGGGCACAGACCUGGGACCAGCAACGGCAGCGGGCUCCUCACUCCAUGUAACAGCACGACAAGCUCUCGUGCUGCCAGCCCGUCCCUGCUGGACGUCGUGGAGAUUGAGAAGAAGCUGAGGGAAGCCAAGGCGGAGAGAGAGAAGCUGCUCAGAGAGAGGGAAGAGCGACGGCGGUUGUUGGAGGAAAGAAGGCAGAGAGAGCUGAACUCUCCCCGAACAGAACCGUCAGAUUCAGACACACCACAAAGGCCAGAGCCAGAACCAAAGGAGCAACGGAUCGUCAGCUCUCCCCCAAAGUCACCGCUGUUCCUCCAGCCGCACAGCCUGCCCCUCUUCCUCUCCCCCAACUUUGACCUGCGGGCCCACUUGGAGUCUCUGGGUCACGGGGUGGCCGGCUGCACGGACCUGCGCCUGACGCCUCGGCGCUGUGCGGGCUUCCUGACCAAACGAGGGGGGAGGGUCAAGACUUGGAAGAAAAGAUGGUUCCUGUUUGACAUGGACCACAGACGACUAGCCUACUAUACAGACUGUGACGAGAGGAAGCUAAAGGGAGUCAUCUACUUCCAGGCCAUAGAGGAAGUUUACUACGACCAUCUACGAACAGCCACUUCUUCUCCGCGGCCCAGCAUGACCUUCUGUGUGAAGACCUACGACCGUCUCUUCUUUCUGGUGGCCUCCAAUUCAGUGUCCAUGCGGAUCUGGAUGGACGUCAUCGUCACGGCGACAGAUGAGCACAGCCGUUACUGACCUCUUCGCAAACACAGACUGUAGAAAAACUCCUCGGGUGAAGCUACUGCAUGGACGGUGCUGUUUUCCCCCCCUGUGUGAGGGCGCCGGUGAGGCUGAGCUCCACCUCAGGGACUGAUUCUGUACCUGGACUCAGGGAUCUGUGGAUGAAUAUCAGACGCUGAGGGGCAGUGGCUCAGGCUGCUGGAUGGAUGUGCUCGAGCGCGGUGGAGGAAUCUGUUACUGAGAGAUUGACACUGGAGUGGUGACGGAGGUUCACCGCUGACCCAUCUGCAAACCACCAACAGCUGAUCACACCAGCCUGCACGCUGGCUGUCUGUUACUGGGAGGUUUCACUCUUUGAGCCUGACCUCCCCCUGCUGGCCACAGUGCAGCAUUACAGGACCGCAGUACACUACAGCACAUACCAACAGGGGGUGGACACAAUAAUAGGAACACUUGUAGAAAAUAAUGCAGUCUAAUUUAACAGCUCAGCAAUAAGAGAGCUAUUUUUUUUGUGCCGUUGGAUUGAUUUAUAUUGUCAAGGGUUUCUACCAAUCUGUCUGUAUCCUGUGUCUUUGUUUUCAUAAAUGACAUUUUCAUGAAUUAAGUUAUUAUUUUGAAAUUUCUAUGGGUUUGAUAUGCAAAUAAAUGAAGGUAUACCCCGUUA